AUGGUGUUGGCUGGAACACUUGGGCUGGGGAGGUUGGAUCUAGAGGGAAGAGAGACAAAGAGAGGCUGCUUUAAUGGUGGUUUGAAAGGGGUGGAUCGAUGUGCUGAUGGGGCUGCUUGGAAUAGAGGAGAUGCUGGUGUAAUUUGGGUUGUGAAGGUCGGUUGUGGGGUGGGUGCGAUGGCUGUUCUGGAGGGUAAUGGUGGGGGUGAUUGCGAUUAG